AUGGCCGGUGUUAAAGCUUACGAACUAAGAACCAAGUCCAAGGAACAAUUGGCUUCCCAAUUGGUUGAUUUGAAGAAGGAAUUGGCUGAAUUGAAGGUCCAAAAGUUGUCCAGACCUUCUUUGCCAAAGAUCAAGACUGUCAGAAAGAGUAUCGCUUGUGUCUUGACCGUCAUCAACGAACAACAAAGAGAAGCUGUCAGACAAUUAUACAAGGGUAAGAAAUACCAACCAAAGGAUUUGAGAGCCAAGAAGACCAGAGCUUUGAGAAGAGCUUUGACCAAAUUCGAAGCUUCCCAAGUUACUGAAAAACAAAGAAAGAAGCAAAUCGCCUUCCCACAAAGAAAGUACGCUAUUAAGGCUUAA